AUGAGCCGCGCAGACCCAGGCGCAUCUUCUAUCACAGUCGCAGUGCGAGUGCGGCCGUUCACAAUACGCGAGGCGGCGCAAUUGAUCAAGAACGACGAUGGCACAUUAUUCCUCGGUGACGGCUCGUUAGCCGCAGCGCCGACACCAAAACUGAAGCAGCAUGGCCUCAGAUCUGUGAUCAAAGUCGUGGACGACAGGUGCCUCGUUUUCGAUCCCCCAGAAGACAACCCCGUGCAGAAGUUCUCCCGUUCCGUGGUGCCAUGCGCCGGCAAAAAGGUCAAAGAUCAGGUCUUCGCCUUCGACAGGAUAUUCGACGACAACGUGUCACAGACGGAAGUGUACGAGGGAACAACGAAAACGCUCCUGGAUAGCGUCUUGGACGGCUACAAUGCCACAGUUUUUGCCUAUGGCGCCACAGGAUGUGGAAAGACUCACACAAUCACCGGGACGGCAGCACAACCUGGCAUCAUCUUCCUCACCAUGCAGGAGCUCUUCGAGAAGAUAGAGGAGAGGAGCGACGAAAAGGUCACGGAGCUGUCACUUUCUUACCUCGAGAUCUACAACGAGACGAUUCGCGAUCUCCUAGUCCCCGGUGGCAGCAAGCAGGGGCUGAUGCUGAGGGAGGACUCGAACCAGGGCGUCUCCGUCUCCGGGCUGACGAGCCUCCACCCAAAGGACGUGCAGGAGGUUAUGGACAUGAUUGUUCGGGGCAAUGAAUACCGCACAGUAUCCCCGACCGAGGCCAAUGCGACAUCGUCACGAUCACACGCCGUGUUACAGAUCAACAUUGCCCAAAAGGACCGAAAUGCAGACGUGAACGAGCCUCACACCAUGGCCACCCUGAGCAUCAUCGAUCUGGCAGGCAGCGAACGUGCCAGUGCGACCAAGAACCGUGGCGAGAGGCUCAUCGAAGGUGCCAACAUCAACAAGUCGCUGCUUGCUCUGGGCAGCUGUAUCAACGCGCUUUGCGACCCUAGAAAGAAGAACCACGUGCCUUAUCGUAACAGCAAACUCACCCGACUGCUCAAGUUCUCUCUGGGAGGCAACUGCAAGACGGUCAUGAUUGUUUGCGUCAGCCCCUCGAGCGCACACUUUGACGAAACCCAGAACACGUUGCGGUACGCCAACAGGGCAAAGAACAUCCAGACCAAGGUCACCAGGAACGUCUUCAACGUAAACCGCCAUGUCAAGGACUUCUUGGUCAAGAUUGAUGAACAGAUCGCCAUGAUCAACGAGCUCAAGGCACAGCAAAAGGAUGCCGAAAAGAUCUUCUACGCCAAAUUCCGCAAGCAACUCGAGAAGCGGGACGGAGUGGCACGUGAGGGAAUGCAACGGAUUCGUUCGGCGUACGAGAACUCGGCACAGGAGAGGCGAGACAAGAUAAACAACAUGAAGAGGCUAAAGGGGUUCGAGAGGAGGAUUGGGCAGCUUUCGGCUUGGAUUGCCGCCUUCGACGCCAUCUGCGACUCGAAAUCGGACGAGGCCGGAAUGCCGGACAGCCUGGCAGCCAUGAGGAAAACAGCACAGGGUGUCCUUGCCGAGCUUGAGCACAGUCGUCAGCACCUCCACCAGAAGAUUGAGAGGUCCAACUGGGAGAGAAGCAUCGAUUCUGCGCUGCAGCACAGCAUCUCGCAGCUGUCGAGUGGAGACGAUGUGGUUGACAAUGGCGAGGUUGCAAAUCUCACGAGGGAAGCAGAGCUUCUCAAGGCCAACUUCAUCCGGGAGGCUUACAGAGAAGUCCUCGACCAGGACAGAGCAGGCGAUGCUGCCGCAGUCCAGGUGCUCCUGAGUGCGCAAUUCGAGAUGCUUGCUUCAUUGUCCUCGACGUUGCAGAUGGAAGAGGCCGAGGCAGUGGCGCAUGCCAAAACAAUCAUCCACCGCCUCCUCGAGACUGGCAUCUCUGCCACGUCCCACAUCGUCAAGCCUGAUGGAUCUGUUAUGCCUGUGGAGAGGUUCUCGCCGUCAAAGCGCGGAACGCCGAAACGGAAGAAGCUUUCCAAUGUGCACGUCAAACCGCUGGCCGCCCCUGCUUUUGUUGCCAUGUCCGAGGCUCAACAGGAAGCCUUCGCCUCCCCGAUGAAGGCCUCUCCCCGGCGUCGGAAAGCAGGUGCCCAAAGGAAGGGUGUCUCAUUCACACCGGUCAAGAAGAAGUCGCCUUCCCGGAGAUCUGUCCGCUGGCGUGAUGACGAGACAGAGGAGGGCACGUUGGCCGACUUUGCAAAGACGCCGCAAAAGGUCGAGUCCUCCCCCGAGACGACCGACACUCCCACCAAGGCAGAUUUGCAGCCGCCGGCCAUGCCGUCAUACCUGGACAACACAGACGUCGGGUCCGACUCGAGCCCUUCUUUGGUUGUCCCAGAAGCAACCAGUCUUGGUUCUGGCCUGGCGGCUAAGCCAAACAGGUUCCAGGCAGGCUUCCUCUCCAAAGGUCGGGUAUCCUCAUUGGGUGGCGGGUCCCCAUCUAGCAUCCCCUACCCGAUAAACUAUGCUUCCAGCCCAGACAGCGAACGGCCAUCUCCCCUGCGCUCUCUCGACGCAGGAAAGGCGUCAAACAUGCUUUCGCCUCCUCCGUACGGCAUGAGAAAGUCGAGCAUCCCACGGUCUCCAAGCCUUCUUGCCCUAGACGAGAACACGCCGUUGUCGUCGUCUCUUGGUGCACGACCGCCCAGCAAAGUCGAAGCCUCGUCCUCUGGUUCUGAAUCGGACACACCCAUCGACAAGGAUAAUCUCCGCCUGGCCAUUCACAACGUCAAGCGAAAGGACAGGUUGUCGCUGAUGUCUGGCACAGCUGCGUCCAACGCCAAAGCACGCCGCAUCUCGUCAACCGGCUCCACCGGGUCUUCGCACCGGGCUUCGGCAUCGUAUUCGGGCCCAUCGACAUCGCUGUCGAGCUCGACAAACGGCAUCUCGCGCCACCAGCGCCUACGCCGCAAUAGUUCUGAGCGCCGGCGCAGCCCACCCAUCUCGUGCUCGCCCACUGCUAGCGACAGCGACGGCCGGUUGGGUCAGUCGUCCUUUGCCCGGUCAUUCACGCCGGGCCAGGCACGUCGCAUGAACCUAGGCGGCAGUCUCCGCCAAGAGAGCAGCAUCACCAGCCCCAGCGGCGAUAAAGUACCGGUCAAGUCUAGGAGGAUCACGAUCGGCACCGCCGCCAUGGGGUCACUGAACGGCGCCGCCCGGAAGGAUGGUGCCUCUGCGCCUAGGCCCAGCGUCAUUUGGCGAUGA